AUGGGUUAUGAUGAAUGGAAGAAAGUAUUGUACAGUCACAAUUUCAUGGCAGACGUUUCAUUCCCAUCUCCCAACAGGUAUUUGCCAAUAUCCCCCAACGAUGACAAAAAGCCAACAACUGUCCUCCGGACUUUGACAAAUCAAUCUGCAAAUCAGUAA